ACUCAAAUAAAAUUAACAAAAGCCUGUGAAAGCAAACAAAGUGUAAUAAAGUGAGUUCUUUGCGCGUAAUGGCGAAUCCAAUUUAACCAACAAAUACACUUCAUUGUGCUCAAAACUCGGAAUUUGGCGAAAUUGUUGCUACAAACUACAAGUGCAAAAUGCAUUCGAGGCUAAAAUUCCUGGCAUAUUUACAUUUAAUAUGCGCCACCAGCAUUUUCUGCCCGGAAUUCAGUGUCGCCCAGCAGCAGCAACAACAGGCGUCAUCUUUAACCGAGAAAAUACCAUUAGGUGCAAUCUUCGAGCAGGGAACGGACGACGUGCAAUCAGCCUUUAAAUAUGCAAUGCUCAAUCACAACCUGAAUGUGAGCUCCCGGCGCUUCGAGCUGCAGGCGUACGUCGAUGUCAUCAAUACGGCGGAUGCAUUCAAAUUAUCCCGCCUGAUUUGCAAUCAAUUCUCGCGCGGAGUCUACUCGAUGCUGGGCGCCGUGUCGCCGGACUCCUUUGACACAUUGCACUCCUACUCGAAUACGUUCCAAAUGCCAUUUGUGACGCCCUGGUUCCCCGAGAAGGUGCUCACCCCGUCGUCGGGACUGCUGGAUUUCGCUAUCAGCAUGCGUCCGGAUUAUCAUCAGGCGAUUAUCGAUACCAUCCAGUACUACGGCUGGCAGAGCAUUAUUUAUCUCUACGACUCGCACGAUGGCUUACUACGGCUGCAGCAAAUUUAUCAAGAACUGAAGCCCGGAAAUGAAACAUUCCGUGUGCAAAUGGUGAAGCGCAUCGCCAACGUAACAAUGGCCAUUGACUUUUUGCACACGCUCGAGGAUUUGGGUCGCUUCAGCAAAAAGCGCAUCGUGCUCGACUGCCCGGCGGAAAUGGCCAAAGAGAUCAUCGUCCAGCAUGUGCGGGACAUCAAGCUGGGCCGGCGCACCUAUCAUUACCUGCUCAGUGGCCUGGUCAUGGACAACCAUUGGCCCAGCGAUGUGGUCGAGUUUGGGGCCAUCAACAUCACCGGCUUUCGCAUUGUCGACUCUAAUCGGCGGGCAGUGCGUGAUUUCCAUGACAGCCGGAAGCGCUUGGAGCCAACGGGCCAGGGCCAAUCCGCCUCCCAAUCCCAGUUUCAGGCCAACGGCUUGCCGGCCAUUUCGGCUCAGGCUGCCCUGAUGUACGAUGCGGUUUUCGUGCUCGUCGAGGCCUUCAAUCGUAUUUUGCGCAAGAAGCCGGAUCAGUUCCGUUCCAAUCAUCUGCAGCGACGCAGCCACGGUGGCUCCUCCUCCUCCUCCUCAUCGUCUUCGUCCUCCUCCACCAACGAGUCCAGUGGCGCCUUGCUGGACUGCAACACUAGCAAGGGCUGGGUCACGCCCUGGGAGCAGGGCGAGAAGAUAUCCAGGGUUUUGAGAAAGGUGGAAAUCGAGGGCUUGUCGGGUGAAAUCCGCUUUGACGAGGACGGCAGACGCAUCAACUAUACCCUGAAUGUGGUGGAAAUGUCCGUGAAUAGCACUUUGCAGCAGGUGGCCGAGUGGCGAGAUGAUUUGGGUCUCCUGCCUAUUCACAGUCGCAGCUAUGCCACCUCAUCGAGAUCUGCCUCCGCCAGCACUGGGGACUAUGCUAGGAAUCAUACCUACAUAGUGACCAGUGUCCUGGAGGAGCCUUACCUGAUGCACAAGCAGUCCAGCUAUGGCGAGCAGCUGGUGGGCAAUGAUAGGUUUGAGGGUUACUGCAAGGACUUGGCUGAUAUGCUGGCUAACCACCUGGGAAUUAAAUAUGAAAUACGUUUGGCUCAAGAUGGCAACUAUGGAGCAGAGAAUCAGUAUGCUCCUGGUGGCUGGGAUGGCAUGGUGGGUGAGCUGCUGCGCAAGGAGGCGGACAUAUCCAUAGCACCCAUGACCAUAACAGCGGAACGUGAGCGAGUGAUUGACUUCAGCAAGCCCUUUAUGACCCUGGGGAUAUCUAUCAUGAUCAAGAAGCCUGUUAAGCAGACACCAGGAGUGUUUAGCUUCCUCAAUCCUCUUUCCCAAGAGAUAUGGAUAAGUGUAAUCCUCAGCUACUUGGGCGUCAGUAUUGUCUUGUAUUUUGUGACCCGUUUUCCGCCCUAUGAAUGGAGAAUUGUGCGCAGACCUCCGCCAGAUGCCACGGCCCAGCAACCGCCGGGUAUUAUUGGCGGGGCCACCACCACCCUCAGCGAUUCCCAAUCCCAUCAGCCUCCUGUGCCGCCCAAUGAGUUUAGUCUGUUGAACUCCUUUUGGUACUCCCUGGCCGCCUUUAUGCAGCAGGGUUGUGACCUUACACCACCUUCCAUAGCAGGAAGAAUUGCCGCCGCCGUUUGGUGGUUCUUCACCAUCAUCCUUAUAUCCUCUUACACUGCCAAUUUGGCGGCUUUUCUCACAGUGGAGCGCAUGGUGGCGCCCAUCAAGACGCCCGAGGAUCUGGCCAUGCACACGGAUAUGGACUACGGAACGCUCAAGCAUGGCUCCACAUGGAACUUUUUCAAGCGCUCACAAAUCGGUCUGCAUAACAAAAUGUGGGAGUACAUGAAUGCCAAUCAACGCUCCUCGGUUCUCAGCUACGACGAGGGCAUCCGCCGGGUGAGAACCUCCAAGGGAAAGUAUGCUCUGCUGGUGGAGUCCCCUAAGAAUGAGUAUGUGAAUGCCAGGCCGCCCUGCGAUACCAUGAAGGUGGGUCGUAAUAUAGAUACCAAGGGUUUUGGUGUGGCCACUCCUAUAGGGUCUCCUUUGAGAAAGCGACUAAAUGAGGCCGUGUUGACACUGAAAGAAAACGGUGAACUCUUGAGAAUCUGGAAAAAGUGGUGGUACGACAAGACCGAGUGCCCCAACCUGGACAGCCAGGAGACCAGCACGCCCAACGAGCUCUCGCUAAGCAAUGUGGCCGGCAUUUAUUACAUACUCAUAGGGGGCCUCCUCCUAUCGGUUAUCGUGGCCAUUGUGGAGUUCUUUUGCCGCAGCAAAUCCUCUAGCCUGAAGGCACCAUCGAAUGGAUCCGCCGGCGGCGUACCCGGGAUGCUGGGAUCCUCAACAUAUCAGCGGGACUCGCUCUCCGAUGCUAUUAUGCACUCGCAGGCCAAGCUGGCGAUGCAGGCGAGCAGCGAAUACGAUGAGCGAUUGGUGGGCGUUGAGUUGGCCUCCAAUGUGCGGUAUCAGUACAGCAUGUAAGGGAGGAGAGCGCUUCAUCUUGUAAAUAAUUGAGAAGGCAUCAACCGGGGAAACUAAACGACGCUGGCAAUCAACUCUCUCGGGCGGCGUUCAAAAAAAACUGUACAGAAUAACCAUAAAUAAUUACUAUUGUAUUUUUGAUAAAUGUGUAUACAAAGCGAGUGCAUAAAUUACGAGUAACUAUAGCUACGACUACCACUAACUAACAACUAAACACUAAACACU